AUGCCUACUACGCAACGUGUUGAAGACGGCCCAUACGGUGGUCAUGGAGGCAGCUACUACAACGCCGAACAUGGGCAACAUAAAAUCAAGAAAAUUGACGCCUGGGGACGGAGCUAUGAUGGCUAUGAUGUCGUUAAUGGAUUCCAAUUCACCUGGGAUGAUGGCUAUAAGGGCCCGCUUGUUGGCCACCAGAACCCGAAUAUCUACAGACCGUUCGAGUUCGAGGAUAACGAAAAGAUAACUUCCAUGACCAUCCGCGCGGGACACGAUAUAGGCUUUGUCGACGCAAUUGAGUUCGACACAAACAAGUCCCGCCACUAUGAGGUUGGUGGAAAGGGAGGUGAACCAAACGUAAUUGAAGGAGAGCACCUUGGAAAUGGUGAUUGGAUUGGAGCUGAAGGCAGGGACCCUAUUCAUGGUGCUGACGCAGUUGUGGAUAGCAUCAAGGCCGCAUAA